AUGCUCGGUAGCAGCGGCGGCGGCGGCAGCAACCACGUCAGGAGCCUGCAGCAGGACGCGGAGCUGAACGGCGGCGAGGAAGGGCCAGAGGAGCUGAAGGGCUUCAAGAAGGCGGCGUCCGAGGGGAGCAAGGCCAUGAUGCAGAAGCGCGGCAACCCCAAAGGCCCCGCCGGGGUGGCGCCCAGGGCGGCGGAGCUGAAGGUCUUCAAGUCGGACAGCCUGGAGGCUCGCCUGCCGGUGGCUUCGAACCUGCGCAAGCAGAAGUCCCUCACCAACCUCUCCUUCCUGACCGACAGCGAGAAGAAGAUGCAGCUCUACGAGCCCAAGUGGAGCGACGACAUGGCCAAGGCGGCCAAAGGGUUCGGCGGCCGCAGCCUCAAAGGCGGCAAGCAGCCGCCCUCGCUCAUGUCCAAGAACCUCUCCCGGUCCGAGCACUCGCUCUUUCAGGCGAAGCUGGCCCCGGCCAUCGGCAGCAAACCGCCGCUGGCGCCGCUGCCUUCCAACCUGGGCAAACCCAGCCGGAUCCCGCGGGGGCCUUACGCCGAAGUCAAACCGCUCAGCAAAGCCCCCGAGGCUGGCAGUGGCGACGACCCCAAGUCGGACGACGAGAUCCUCUCCAACAAGGGCAAAGCGGCGCAGCAGAAGCAGCCUCCGCCGCCGGCACAAACGGCCGCUCAGCCGUCCGGGAAGGGGGCGCCGCCGGAGGAGAAGGCUUUCCUGAAGGUGGAUCCCGAACUGGUCGUCACCGUGCUGGGCGACCUGGAGCAGCUGCUCUUCAGCCAGAUGCUCGGUGAGUCAGCCCGUCCCCUUCCUUCCCGUGGAUCCGCCUUGCUGGUGAAGGUUGUUGGGGCUUUUGAGCGGGAGGCGUCGCUCCUUCGGAGAACAGCCCGUGUGGGGAGUCUGCAGGGCUUCCGAUGUGACUCCCCAUUGAUUUGGUCCUCUCUGUGCAAACCGAAGCUGUUUGGUGUCUGGUGGCGGUUGAGUCUUUCAGAGAGCAGGGGACUUUGA